GGAGGGACGGAGAUCACGUGCGCGGGGGAAGCCAUGGAGCGCGAGGACGGGGCGCCGGGAGCGGGGUUCCCCUGCUCGCCUGCUGCUGCUGCCGCCUCUCGCCCCGCUCGGUCGCCGGCGAAGUUUACGGCUGGCCCCGCAGGAGCAGCAGCCAUGGCGGCGGUGUCCUCCUACGAGAGCCUGGUCCACGCCGUGGCCGGGGCUGUGGGCAGUGUGACUGCAAUGACAGUAUUUUUUCCUUUGGAUACAGCUAGACUUAGACUUCAGGUUGAUGAGAAACGCAAGUCCAAGACAACACACACAGUGCUACUGGAGAUUAUCAAAGAAGAAGGCCUCCUGGCACCAUAUCGAGGGUGGUUCCCUGUUAUUUCCAGCCUCUGCUGCUCCAAUUUUGUCUAUUUUUAUACGUUUAACAGUCUCAGAGCUCUCUGGGUCAAAGGCCAACAUUCAACCACAGGAAAAGAUUUGGUCCUGGGGUUUGUUGCAGGUGUCGUGAACGUACUCUUGACCACUCCGCUCUGGGUAGUGAACACACGACUGAAACUGCAGGGAGCAAAGUUUAGAAAUGAAGAUAUUGUACCAACCAACUACAAGGGCAUUGUGGAUGCCUUUCAUCAGAUAAUACGGGAUGAAGGAGUCUUGGCUUUGUGGAAUGGUACUUUCCCCUCCUUGCUGCUGGUCUUCAAUCCUGCCAUACAGUUCAUGUUCUAUGAAGGGUUUAAACGAAGGCUUUUGAAGACACGACUGCAGCUUACCUCUUUGGAUGCAUUCGUCAUUGGUGCAGUAGCUAAGGCAGUUGCCACCACCAUCACCUACCCCAUGCAGACAGUACAAUCAAUUUUGCGGUUUGGACGUCACAGAUUGAACCCCGAAAACCGGACACUAGGCAGUCUUAAGAAUGUUCUCUAUCUUCUUCGACAGAGAGUAAGAGGGCGAUUCAGAUACAGAGGAUCUGACAGCCUUUCAGCUCCUUUAUUGCCCCCCUAAAGAUGAGCUGGAGGGGGUGAUGCUGCUUUGACACUGCAUGGAAUACAAUUUGAAACCAUUUCAACAAGAUAAUUCAGAAGGCAGCUGGUUGGCAUAGCAACUGCAUUUCCCAUGGCUGGUAAUGGUGUUUUAUGUUGCCCUUCUUCCCUUCCUUUAGUCCUAGCAGGAGAUUUUUGGAGGAACACCUGCCCCCACCACACACAUACACACACAAUUUCAGAGACAAAUAUAUUGUUUAACUUCCCCUGGGUUGGCAAAUUCAUGUUAAAUCAGAAACUAAACACCGUGUGUGUGCAUGAGAGAGAAAGUGAAAGGAUCUCCCCAAAAGAGGGGCUGAGUCGGUGUUUUGUGACUCCUGAGGAGACAAUGUCAGCAUCAUGACAUGUUACCCUACUUGCCUCCAUUCCUAAUUUCAUCUCUUUCUGUUCACUAGCCCAUGCAUUCCCUGUGCUCUUCAACUAUGACUUCUCACUUUCCUCCCCAUAUCUGUCCACAACCAAUUCUACAGUCAUCCAUCUUCUAGCAAUGCCUCCUUGAACUCCCUCCCUCACCUGGAGCAGGCUUUGAGGAGGUAGGAUAUUAGGAAGGGAUGAAUGAAACUUCCUUCUCUCCCCUCUUCCUCUGAUUACUCCCUCUAAUCGGGGGUGGGGGGGCACUUGACCCUGCAUGCCUCCCCACGCAUCACCUCUGCUGGCUCUGUAUCUACCUCACAACUCCCAGCAGAGAGCAAUUAUUUCCCAUGUUGAACUCCGUUGGGAGGAUGAGCUGGGCUAUUGUUAUGUUGCAAGAUGUUAAUGAGUACCACUGAACAGCUAGCAGCAUGUGUUCCCCCUUUCCCCUUCCAAUGUUCCAAAUGUCCCCAAUAAUCAAUAAGGUUUUGACCACUGAUGCCUAGAACAUUCCCUCAGAUUUUGGAAUUUAUUGGAUGCCGCAUUCAAAAGUUAUUGCAUCAAAAAGUCAGCCAACUAACAAACGUUUUUUCCAGACCUGUACUGAUCUAGUUAAAAAUGCAAAAACACAAAUGUAAUCCCAGGUCAGGAGCAACCAAGUCAUUACAAUUUGAAGGCUGUUUGGUGGCCUGAUGUGAAAUUAGUUGUAGGGAAGAGGAAAGGUACUGCCUUUCAGUUCCUAAGAGACAAGUGUCCACAUAAUAAGAGCCACCCCCACACUUGGCAGUACUUGACACCCAAGUUGGCAAUGUUGAUAGAGAAGCCAAAGAUUGUUAGUGUAAUGGAGACUGAACUCCAUUUGUACCCCAUAGAGAAGGUCCCACACAAAACAAAGCACGUAUGCAGGAGGGGAACUAAAGGCACUGCUUCAAAUGCUGUAUUCUGUGGAUAAAAUGUGACAGCCUCCAGGGGUUGUCAAUACAGCAUUUUUCUUGAGCACUAAAUUAACUUUAAGGGGAACAUAUUGUGCUUAAGGCUCAAUUUACUGUUCCUUUCCAUCACUGAAGUUUGUACAUUUGUUUCUACUGUGCCACUUACUUCCAUCUCUAUUGUAGGAGUUUUCCCUAUUGUUUGAUAUUUAGCAUCAAUUUUGCAUGGUAUUCAGCAAAUGUUUGUGCAUACUGUUGUGUGUUUGAAUUUAAUAACAAUUUGAGAUUAAAUAAUUCCAUUUGA